AUGCCGGCAGGACCCGAAGAGCUUCGACAUCGUUUGAAUGUCAUGCGAAAUACGUACCUGAUGUUGGCGCUAAAAUUUCCAGGACGCACAGACAUUGGUGAUGUCACCCAUGAUUUGUUUGAACGCUACAAAGAAUAUUUGUUGGGGGAUUUUGUGCACAACCUUCAGGCCAAGGACUCCUCCGAUCAGGUCAUCCAUCGACCAUCGUGGCAACUCGUGCUGUCGUACGAACAGGCCAUUCGGAAGCAGGCCUUUCGCUACAUGAUCUCCGACAACAUGACUUUGGCAGCCUCCUGGGAGAAGGCGUGGAAGGAUCCAGUGACAAAAGAACGUCACUUUUCAACGCCACUCUCCUUGUAUGCCAAGCGCCAGCCUUCCGUGGGGGAAGCUCCGUCCGGAUCUACCUGGCAGCCACCUCCCAAAGGAUUCGGACGCGGCAAGGGUAAGAAGGGCGCUGGAAAGGGCAAGAACACAAAGACCUUCCGCGGCCACGCCGCGACCAAGGCGGGCCCAUAUGCUUUCGCUUCAAUCAGUCUGAGGGCUGCGACAUUCCGUCUUGCAAGUUCAAGCACGUUUGCAGUCACUGCUUUGACGUCAAUCACAACUUCAUUGGAUGCCCCAAGCGGCGGCCUGCGGCAGACACCGCGGGGAAGCGCUGACUUGGUACUGAUGGUGGCACAGCGUUUCACGGCCAAGCGCUGCAUGUCCUCUAUCUCUUUUGUGGGCGCCCUCGCCCGAAUUCCUUGGCUGCUUGGCUUCGCAAAUUGGCACGACGUUGCGGCCAAGCUGGGCAACAACCUGGCCGACUUCUCCUUUGCUGCUGCUCAGGCCGCGCUCGACUUGCCUGUGGCGUUCAUGCUUCUGGAGCAGCCCGAGGAUCUUGGUGCUGUCCGUCCACGACAGCGACCCUCUUCUAUGUGGCAACGAAACGGGUUUCAAAAGCUACGUCGACAUCCGCGAGUUCGACAUGUCGCCUUUCUUCAGAAAGACUUUGGGGUGCACUAUGCCAAGCCAACACGUAUCCUUUUGCGGUCAUCUGUGGUUCUGCCUCAUUUUAUGCAUGAACGACUGCCAUCUUUUGACAAAGAUGGUUACUACAAAGGACCGUUGCCGCGGCAUCCUGACGCGCAACCCAUGCGCUCUGAACCCGGAAGGGCAUUCAUCACCACCGGCGCCGCAGCAUGGCCUUCGGACAUGUGCAAAUGGAUGGCAGAGGCCAUCUUUCAUGACUUUCUGGCGCUCGUCAACGUUGCUGGCGAGGGGGCUGAGAAGACUUCGCUGCCACGUCAGGUUGAGCCGGAUGGUCUGAUCACCUUCAACUUCGAUCCUGUCGACGUCAGGAAUGCGUCUGUGGAUCUCGGGGAGGCGGAAUCAAUUGCAUUGGCGUGUCUUGUCCGAGGUCGGGCCACUGCGGAGGACUUGAAGGCUCUCUCGGAUGCGCUUCCCGACGAGGUUCGGAUCAGGGAAGCAGAUAAGCCUCGUGAGGGACAGAAAUCCUUCACCACGGGGGCCUACAUCCACGGUGACCAGGUGGGAGUGAGGAGGAAUGUGCGUAUGUUCCCUUUCUCCACCAGGACGCCGCGCGACAACCUGUUGCUGGCUUGCUCGGACUUCGAGAAUGGGGGGCUAUGGACCGAGACGAGAGGUGGCACGACUUCCAGGAUUAUCAGGGGCCGCGAGGUGGAGGGAGAGAUCCUAUCGUGCAAGGAUGGGAAAAUCUCCUUCGAUGCUCACCUCUGGCAUGCCACGGAGGACUGGAGUGGUUUCAGACUGGUACUUGCCGGGCACACCGUGGCGGAGCUUGGAUCCCUGGCUGUUGAGGACUCUACAUUGCUUGAGGAUAUCGGUUUCUGUCUCACGGAGGCACGGACACCUGAAAAUGCGAUAUGUGCGAGGGCCGACAAGGUCGAUCCGGUAUAUCCGCCGGUUCUUGGAAGUGAGGGCCAUCGCGAAUUUGUCGGGAGCCCUGGAAAAGCAGACCUUUCCAUGAUGGGGCCGGGCUAUGCUUCUCAGGAAAGCUGGGGUCCUUCGCAGAGGCUCUACUGCGAGGAGGCUGGAUGGAGAGGGCUCAGGGGAAAACUGGAGGAGAUCGUGAUGAACCAUGCCGGUGGUCCCAUCCCUUUUGACCGGGUCGUCUUCGAAAUGGCUACAAAGGGUGAGGCUGGAUGCAGCCUGGUCUCGGAUUCGGCUCUGCGCGCUGCGAUUCGUUCGGCUAUGAUCGAACACCUUGGGGCAAAGGGCUGGGAGAUCGGUGACCUGGAUGAGAUCAGUCCUGGUCAACCGUUUCGGUUGAAGCUGAUGUCUGCGCUCCUGCGUGAUGCGGGAGACCCGGACUGGCAGGUUCUACUUGACGCGCAACGUGGAUUGCCGGUUGGGAUCAAGAGUCCACUUCCUCGGACGCCAGAGGUGUAUGAGGAGCAGACCUCCCGGAAACUGGAGAUGGGACCCGCCGAUGUGGCGAAGGCUUGGAAGGCGAACUAUGAGUCGGCGGCGGAACAUAUUGAUUAUGUUCGUGAGCACUUCGAUGCUGAGGUGGCCGAAGGCCUGAUGCUGAAGCUGGACGAAGACGCAUUCUGGCGCAGGUACGGAGACGAGGCGGCCCUCUCGGCGAUUGCCGUGCUGGUGGACGAGGGGCCACCUCAGAAGAAGAGGGUCAUCCAUGACGCAUCUCACGAGGUCAUGCUGAAUCACAGGAUCGGCGUCGGCAGAUUACUGGUGGAGCCGCGCCUUCUUGAGCUUCUUCUCUAUGCUGACGACCUUGAGGCGAUCGCUGGGGACCGUGCGGGACGGCGUGGGAUCGUCAUCUCCUAUGCCUCACUGGCGGCGCUGGGCUUCCCUUUUAAAUGGGCAAAAAGCUGCGGCGGCUUCGUGGUGGAGUGGGUAGGCUUCGAGACGGCUUAUUCCUCCUUCAAACUCGGUCUUUCCCAGCGCCGGGCAGAGUGGCUGAUCCGCUGGUGCAUGGAGGUCGCCACGUCUGGGCGGACUACAUGGCAUGGCCCCCUCACGGUUCCGGUGAUGAUCAGGGUGAUCCUCAGGUGGCUGGCUGAGAGGUUCCAGGAAGGAGGUCGCCUGCAGGCGGAGAAUGGCAGGGCCUAUGUCGGUGGCUACCUCUGGAACGGGCACGAGGUACUGUCUUGGUAUGCGGCAGAGGUACUGCCGUCUUGGGCUCCAUGGGCUUUCAUUAAGAAUGAUUUUCAGAGGACCAUUGCAAGCCUGGAAUUGCUGGGCACGCUCCUCUGCGUAAAACUUUGGGGGAGCAGGAUGUCAGGACGAUCUCGGAGCACGGGAAGCAUCACCGGGGCGACGGACAAUCAGGGCAACACGUAUGCUGUCACAAAGCUGAUGUCCACCAAGUACCCCCUUCCCAUUUUGCUGAUGGAAUUGUCGGAGACUCUUAGGCUUGGAUCCAUCUUCUUGGACUUGCGUUGGGUCCCCAGGGAGCGCAAUCAAUGGGCAGACGAUCUUACCAAUGGCGAGUUCGGUCAUUUUCCCAUGGAUAAGAGGCAGGAGCUUGAUGCUCACACAAUGCG